CGUACGCAAAGACAUAACUAGUUGGAGGGAGCAUUUUCUGAACGAGUUGGUAUUAAUUCGUUUAAUUGAUGAAUUAAUGCAAUUAUCUGAUCCGAAAUAACUUCAGUACGCGAAAAAUUCUUUUUUAAUAACCGGUAAUUUUUUUAGCCCGGAAUGACCACACAAGCUAGGUAGCUAGCUAGCUACCGUAGCGUUAGUUCCUGACAAGUUAGCAUGUUAGCUAGCUGCUGACAGCGUUAACCCAGUCGGUGUUAUGCUAUGGAUCCGUUUAGUAUAGUUGCGGAUGAAGUGGCUUUGGAGGGACUGGAUGGAAUAACUAUUCCCUCUCUUUGGAUUCGACUAGAAGAUAGAAAGCCCAAGUUCCCCCUCAAGCUCGACGACUGCACCAAGGAGCUCAUCUGGAAGUCACUUAUCAGCAACACCGACCUGAAAAUCUAUCAACUCCAAGAGAGACAAGAUAUUGAGCUGUUUGACAGGUAUAAAGACAUUGACCCAGAAACAGGCAUUGAAACAGCACAGGUGUUUUCUGACACACGGAAAGACAUCUACCCAGUCCAUAUUGUAGAAAACAAGGAUGGGAUACAGGGCUCAUGUGCACUCUUCAAUGAAAGGACGGACAUCACUGAGCAUGUUCGCUCCAAGACCCCAUUACUCACCUUGCAGGCGGCUUUGGAAAGAUAUGGCCGAAAGCUUGUUGUCGUGGCGUCUCAGGCGCUGCGAUUCAGGACCCUCAUUGGAAAUGAGAGCGAUCCUGAUUUGAAACUGAAUGACGACUCUUACUGUGUGUUGGAACGAGUAGGCCGAGCUCGAUGGCAAGGAGAGCUACAGAGAGAUCUGCACGGAUGCUCUUUUAAGAUCGAUGCUCGAAAGUUGCACUACAUGAGGAAGGCUCUUGUCAGACAUGGACUCCUCAGCAUGCAGUCUUAUGUCACACGACUAAAGUCAGGAUCACAGGCAGGACAACAGCAACACUCCAUUCUUCUGCUGCUGAAACGCUUCCAUGUAAACAGGAGGACUAAGUAUGACAUACUGAUGGAGUACGUGUCCAACUUUCUCCAGCAGUCGCCUGGUCAGUUUUCCACUAUGCUGACACUCAAAGAUCUACUUAAUGUAGAUGAGGGUACUUUUAAACGUGUAUUUCAAUACAUGCGAUCUGCCAAGUUGGUUGAAUAUUGCCAGUACCCUCUGGAGGACUUAGAUCCCGGCGCCGGGCCCUGCACCAACAAAAAAGGGAAUAAAGUGCUUGUGCGCUGUUUGAGACUGUUAAAGCCAUACACAGGAAAAAGCGUCGCUGAGGAUGACGACGAUGAGGACGAGGACGAAGACGAUGAUGGUGCAGCGAGAAGACAAGCUCUCCCUUCAGAGGGCCAAAUCAUGGAGAGUGAUGUCCUGACACAGGCCUAUCACAUUGUAAUUUCCUGUGGCCCAAAGGGAAUCCCCCAGAGGGGUAUCGUGUCAAGGAUGAACGUCGGUAAGCUGGAAUCUCGUAUGAUCUGCCGCAGGCUGGAGAGGGAAGGACUGAUAAAGGGCUUCAUGGAGGACGAGGGUCGGCAGAGGACUACAAAAUUUAUCAGCCAUAAAUGUUUUGGUGUGAGUGAUAAACUCCAACAGUUUGCUAAGGAGCAGGAACGGAAGAAGCUUCUUUACUCUUCUGCACCACAGACAUCAGAUGCUGCACCACCCACCCCUACAACACCACCCAUGUCUAAAGCAAAAGAAAACUCCAAAACUUCUGCAGCAAAGAAGGUUAAGAAAGCAGUUAGAGGAAGAAACAAAGAUGCCGAGGAGGCUGAGCAGACGUGUAGCGAUGGAGAAGAGGAUACAGCAGCUGAAGGCUUGGUUGGAAAGGAAGGUGAAGCAGGAGGAAACGGAACAUCGGCAGGGGAGAAAAGCAGUGUGGAAACUAAUCGGACGCAACCUGACAUCCCCAUUGUACAACUCACACCAGCUGAAAGUGACACUCCUGCCUGCAGCAACUCCACCACCAGUGUGACACUGGACUCAGUGUCUCCCACUCCCACAGCAGAACAAGCUCGAGUUGAGGACGAAGAAUCCAACUCAAGUACUGCCAGCACUUUGCUUCAGAGUGAGCUGUUGAAUGCAGACGAUAACCCGGUGGAGAACAACAUUGUGCUUGUUAAAGAUGUUUGCAAGCCGCGGGCCCCGCCUUGCAAAACAAAAUACCAAAGGGCGUCUGAGAGAUCUCAUGAGACGUACCGCCUGCUGAGGAGGAAGAAUCUGAUCGUCGAGGCUGUCCGAAGCUUCAAAGUCAUCGAGGGUCUUUUCCCGCUACAGAAGAUAAUCAACGACGACGAGAAGCAGGACGGAUCCAGCUCAAAGUGCUGCAAGAAGACUAUUAUACGUCUUGUCGACAGUCUGUCCAGAGAAGGCUUACUUAAGGUUUACAAGACCACCAUCAUACAGGAUGGAAUCACCAAGAAUAUUGAGAUGGUCGUUCAUCCUUUUCAGCCCAAAGAUGACAUAGUGAGCCGAGUCAUUGAACAGGUCCGCUUCAGAAUCUCCAGCUCUUACGCAGCUGUGCGUCUGCAGCUCGCCGAAGAGAAAGCCAGAGAACAAGGAUCAGGUUCUGACGAGACGAACGGCAGCCCUUCUAAAGCCCAAAAAGUAGAGAAGAAGAAGAAAGAAGAGUUCCAGCCCACAAGAGUUCGGGGAUUGGGGAAGACCUUUGGCUUCCAGCCUAAGAUGCAUCGCUUGCGUCUUGUUCAUAACUUCCUCUGGUACCUGAUAUAUGGGCACCCACUCAGACACAACUUCACUGACUCCCACUCAACUGACCUAACACCAACAGACCCGAACAGAUUUGAUCCUGAUGCCAAACAGCCUGACUGUCAAGAGAAACAGGAUCUGAAAGACUCUGUGGACCCCCUAGCUGCAGAUUGUAACUUGGAUGUGGCAUCAUCCGGCGAUGAAGAGGAGGAGCUGAAGGAUGUAUCAACACCUAGUUGCUCUCAGUCUGGCCUGAAAGUGUAUGCUGAUGAAGAGUCAUGGAAGAAAUUCAUGCCUCCUGUCCGUGUGCACAAGGAGUUUGGCAGCGGCUGGGCGAGGGUCGGCGACCUGCUCCUCUGCCUGCCUCUCUCUAUCUUCAUUCAGGUCAUACAGAUCAAUUAUAAGGUAGAUGGACUGGAGGAUUACCUCAACGACCCUGUAAAACAACACCAUCUUAUUAGGGCGCUGCCAGCCAGAAUGAGAAGACAGCUGCUUUUUAAACGGAAAUACAUAUUUGCAUUUCAUGAGAACCUGCAGAAGUUGGUCUACAUGGGUCUGCUGCAGUUUGGUCCUGUGGAGAAGUUCAAGGAGAAAGACCAGGUGUUUUUGUACCUGAGGCGCAAUGCCACCAUUGUUGACACCACCAGCGCUGAGCCUCACUACUGGCUGGUCACAGAGUCACAGGACAAACCAUUUGAGAAGCGCCAGUAUGCAUUUAACACUGCUGAAGAUGUAGAAAACUACUGGUUUGACCUGAUGUGUGUCUGCCUCAAUACACCACUGGGUGUAAUCCGCAACAAGAGAAGUGCCACAGACGAAGAAAAUGCUCCUUCCUUUGUGCAUGAACGCAACGUGUUCGUAGGAUUGGCAUACCUGCUCAAGGGCAGUCGUGAAGCGUGUGACGACUGGUCGAUACCAGGAGACGGUAAAGGAGCAGGAGGUCUGGACUCUGAAUUCUUUGCUCAUCUUAAACGCAACUGGUUGUGGACCAAUCACCUUCUUGCUGUCAGAACGAUUCCAAGUGGUUUAGAGGCAAAGGAGAAUAAAAUCCGACUUAAGAGCCUGCUGAGUAAAAAUGCUCUCAGGAUUGCCCUUAAAGCUGGAGGAAGCACUGCACCUCGUUAUGUGACUGCCAAGCGACCACUGACUGCCAAGCAACUACUGCUAGAAACUGUUGAGGUGGAUAUUGAGCCUGCUUCCAGAAACCAGCAGGUGAUCGGAGGAAAGAGACAAAAACGGAAAAGAAGCAAAAAGGAGGUUGUCAAGGCCCCACGCAAGAAGAAGAAAGAACCCAAGAAACGCCUGCCUGCCCACGACGAGGCCGACCACCGAGCUUUGAAGAGGAUGACCAGACAGAGAGUCUACUGGUCUGUACAGGAAGACUCCCUGAUGAUGCUCUGCAGUGUGGCCUCACAACUGCUCAACAGCAAGUUGAAGAGGGCAUUCAUACCUUACUGUCUGGUAAGAGACCUUCUCCAAGCAGAGUUUGAGAUAUCAAUGGAUAAAACCUCUCUCGCUGUCGGGCGUCGCACACGAUACAUUCUCAAAAACCCUCAGACUCUUCUAAACUACAGGAUCUGUCUGGCUGAGGUGUACCAGGACAAACCUCUGAUGAGACGGCUGGAAGCAAAGAAACCUGCAGAUCCAGACAAUCCAGAGGAUUGUGGGAAAGCGUUCUCUGAGUAUGCCAGGCUCCUCAGACAGAAGUUCAGCGCUGUCUUUCUGAGCGCUCGUGAUAUGAUCAUGCCUGACACAAAACAUCAGCUCUUCUCACGGUUUAAGGUCUCAACAAUAGAAGAUGGAAGGCGGGUGGCAUGGAAAGACGAUCUCAACUGCACAGAUGACAUUCAUAGCAUAGUGUUACAUAACUUGAUCCAGAGCACUCUGGCCAUGACCAACAUUCAGAUGAAGUCGUCCAGAUCCUUUCAGACCUUCCACAUGUACAGUAAGUACAACCAGGAGCUGCUGUGCCAAGUGUUUGUACAAUGCAGGAAGAGGGGUCUGGUCAACCGCCGUCGGGUCAAUCAGCCGUUUGGGCCGAAGAAGAACCGAGCGCUGCCCAUCCUGCCCAUGUCCUACCAGCUGUCCCAGUCCUACUACAGGUGUUUUUCGUGGCGUUUUCCACACUCACUGUGCACUGAUUCCUUCCGCUUCUUGAGGAGUCUUAUUAACAACGGGACAGCAGACGACAUACCUUUCAUUGCUUUCUACCAUGAAACCAAGAACAGGCCAGAGAAUGGCGAAGAAGUAGCGAAAAAAACAGGGUCAGAGAGGGAAAGAAAACAAAGCAAAAGGAAAGAAGAUGGAGGAAAAAGACUGGCAACAAGCGAACCAGAGGCACAACCAGAGAAGGCUGGCAGUGACUCCACAAAGGAAGGAGAGAGAGACCAAAGUAAAAUUGAAGGAGAAGAGAUGUUGUUGGAGGUGAACAACGAGAAACCCGAGGCAACACACAAACUAGAUGAACAGAAAGACCCGGAAGAUUGCGUCACAGCUGGUUCUGGUGAAGAUCCAUCUAGCAGAGAUCAGACAGAUGAUCAUCCGCCCAAAGAUGAGCUGCCAAGAGUGGCUGCUGCCAUGAACGAGGCAUCAGAGGAGCCUCCAGAUGUGUUGGACAUGCUGCGCUACUCUAUGGACUCUCCCGGUGGGGCCUGUGUGGCCGCCCUCAGCCUGAUGUCUCUGGGACUGUUGAGUGUGUACCUGUCCAUUCCUAAACAGAUGGUGGUGGUGGACAGCAACAUGGUGGACAAUGAAGUAGUCAAGAGUAUGGCUGCCGCUCUGGAAGAGGAAGAUGAUGAUGAUGACGACGGUGAUGACUGUGAGGGGAAAAAAAGACUGGAGGUGAAGUCACAUCAAGCGUCUCACACCAACUACCUGAUUAUGCGCGGAUACUGCUUUCCUGGCAUAGUAAAAAUACGUAACCUCAACACCACUGAUAACAUCGUGGUGGAGUCGUGUAUUAUGAGGUUGCAACUGCGCAACACACCUGCCCACAACUUGUUUAGUAAGGAGAACUCUCCACCACUGGACUUGACUAAAUGUGGUCCAUCCCUGCUGCCCUCCAUCCUUACCUACUCCACCCGUUUCUCCUCCUCUUCUCCCAACAGUGUGAAAGAGUGCGAAAGGCGUUUGAUUGAGCAGAGAGGAUACACUCCUCAGGACAUUGAAGCAUGCGCUCAGCUCCGGAAGAGUUUAAAUGCAGCUGGUGAGAGAGGUUUGGAAAUACAUAACCUCUAUAAGACUCACUUACACCUGGAGGAACCACAGUCCGGACGCACCAGGAGCCUGCAGCAGUACAUGACGGAGUUACAAGAAGAAGGCCAGGUGUUAAAAGUCGGGGGUUUGGGCAUACGUUGGGUGCUGAUGCAGCACGCUGAUCCAUGGCUGCUGACCGUAAACUCCAAGCAGUGGUCCCAGUCACGCUUCACAUCUGACCAACUCCCCUUUUUGGAGAAACCACACAACAUCCCCUUCAUGCGCAAAGGCAGGCGAGGCCGCCAGGACUUGGAGGAGCCGCCGGCAAAAAAAAUGGCUGUGGACGGGCAAAAGGGCGAGGACAGAAGGGACUCAGAGGGGUUGUCGAGUGAUGUAACAAAAGAGAAAUCCAAUGAGGAAGAACACUUGGAAAAGCAGAAAGAGCGGGUAGAUGAUGGGAGUGGAGACACAUUGUUGAACAUGGGGGAGGGGGGAGGAAAGCAGAUGCAGCCUGAGGAGGAGGGAGGAAAAGAACAGGAGGCAGGCAAGGAGAAGGUGGAAACUGAGAUAAGACAGGAAAAGAGAGAUCGUAGGGUCCGAGCGAACAGAAGAGCUGGUGAAAGGAGGGAGAAGCCAUGUGCGUCAUCUCUUCCUUCUCUCCGUUUCCAACCUUUUUUCCACAGUGAGAAUGUGAGUUUCCUCAGCCGGCCGUGGCGCAUGGUUGACGGCAAUCUGAACCGACAGGUGUGUAAAGGCAUGCUGGAGGCCAUUUUGUACAACAUCAUGUUCCGACCCGGACUCACGCAACAGUCACUGGUGGAGCACUACAAAGAUGUCUUGCAGCCGAUGGUGGUGCUGGACCUGGUGCAGGUAAUCAUCAAAUUUGGCUGGUGCCGAAAAAGUUUGGGUUUUAAAGCUCCUAAACCCUCGCUGUUCUCCCGCUCUGCGCCCCGGAGAAGCAGUGAGACAAAAGUGAAGAUUGAGGAACCAGACACGGUGUUUUAUGAACCCCCCACCAGCUCUCUGCCUGGGGUCUCAGUUUACCCAACAAGGCACGGGAAAUUUCCUACCAUAAAAGCAAUCCUGACCCUUAAACCGGGCCCGCCCUUAUCCCGGAAAAAAAAAGGGUUUUUGAAGUUCCUCCCAAAAAUUUUGGAAAACAAAAAACCCUUUGUGUUUCCCCGAAAAAUUUAAUUAUAGAAAUUUCUUUUCCAGGUUCUCUGACAGAUUUCAUUUCUGGUUUUACAGAACAGGGAUUUCUUUGUACAUUUUUUUUAGGUUUCCCUUUUUCCUAUUUCCUUUGCUUAAAAUUUAAAAUUAAGUUUUGUUUUCUUUUUU